AUGGCGUCCCGUGUGCACCGCAAGCGUCGGCCCUUGCUGCCUUCCGGCUCCCUCUUUCUGCUGGCGGCGGCGGUGUGGUAUCUUGGCCACUCUUUCUGGCCGCACCGCACACCUGCCCGCCUUGAUGCCUACACGCAGCUGAGCCUGCACGGGCGCGUGACCAAGCACGGGCCUGUGGUGGGCCUGGCGCAGCUGUCGGCGCUGUUCACGGGGAUCGACAACCCCGACCCCAACAUGGCCUCUGCCCUCUACUACCCAGGCGACUGGCGGCAGCAGCGGCUGGCGGGCAAGCGACCGCCGCCGCCUGGCCGGCUGUGCGCCAUCAUGUGGAAUGAUGCCCUCAAGGUCAUUUUUGUGAAGAAUGUCAAGGCGGCGGGGUCCACGCUGGUCACCUACUUCAAGGACUGUGCAGUGAUGGGACCAAACGACGGGCCCUUUGAGUGGCGCUGCCUGCGCACCCUCAACUUUGGAAACGCCACGCAAGUGGAGCACCUCAUGCGUGUGUGGGACGACUAUUUCGUCUUCUCCUUUGGCAGGAACGUGCUGGUGCGCAGCCUGAGCCAGUUCCGCUACCUGGCCCAUUUCAUGCAGCCGUCGUGCACGCCCGCCUGGGACGACUACUGCCGAGACCCAUAUGUGCUGGGCGACAUUUGCGAGGUGCACGCCCAAAACGGCUCCUCCUGCUGCGACCCGCUGGCAACAUCUGUGCACCAGUACCUGCACGCCAUGCCCCAGGCGCCCUGCAUGGUGACGGAGGCAGGGCAGCCGGCAGUGGACUUUAUUGGGCGGGUGGAGUCGUUUACUGAAGACUUUGCCGAGCUUCUGAAGCAGCUGAAUGCACGGCCGGGUGCUGUGCACCUGCCACCGCCGGGUGAAGAGAUGGCGACCAUCAACAUCAACAACAAAUGCCAGCAGGGCAGCAGCAGCAGCAAGGGCAAGGGCAGGAAAGACAAGGGCGGCGGCGGCAGGGCCGGCAAGGCCAGGGGCCGCCGGCCGCUGCACGAGCUGCCCGCCUCCGACCCCUGCAACCAGAUGGAGUUCUAUUCCAACGAGCAUGCCCACUGCUACCAGCACAUACUGAGCUUUUACGACGAGGAUGUGCGGCUGCUGAUGUUGUGA